GAAGACACUCUUGUGGGUGCCUCCUCCAACAGCCCACACAUCAGGUCUGCAGCUGUGUCCUGCCUCCUCUCAGGUGGGCCAUGGCCGGGACUUGGCUGCUGCUUCUCCUGGCCCUCGGGUGUCCAGCCCUGCCCACAGGUGUGGGCAGCACACCCUUCCCCUCUCUGGCCCCACCAAUCACACUGCUGGUGGAUGGGAAGCAGCAGACAUUGGUGGUCUGCCUGGUCCUUGAUGUUGCACCCCCUGGCCUUGAGAGCCCCAUCUGGUUCUCAGCUGGCAAUGGCAGUGCACUGGACGCCUUCACCUAUGGCCCUUCCCCAGCAGCGGACGGCACCUGGACUAGCUUGGCCCAACUAUCCCUGCCUUCUGAGGAGCUGGAAGCCUGGGAGAACUUGGUCUGCCACACCGGGCCUGGGACUGGGGACUCCAGCCAGAGCACACAGCCUCUACAACUGUCAGGAGAGACUUCCUCAGCCAGGACCUGCCUCUGGGAGCCUCUCAGGGAGACGCCAGGCCAGGCGCUGCGGCUGGGGGCGCUGCGCCUAUUGCUCUUCAAGCUUUUGCUGUUUGACGUGCUUCUGACUUGCAGCCGCCUCCGCGCCCUGCCCGCUGUGCGGGGGAGUCUGUCCCGAGCGCCUGGCCCGGGGGAUCCCCGGCUCCCCGCCCCGCUCACGGGCCCGCAGCCUUUGCCGAUAGGAGAGCCCUCCAACCCCACCGACUGGAGUCGCCGCAGUGAGGCGAGCACCACAGGCCGAGGGCUCAUCCGGUCUGCCCCGCCGAUGCUGCAGCCCCGGGCCACCUGCAGAGUUCACACCCGCUGUCCCGGUCCGAAUCCUAGGAGCCCAGUCUGGGAGGAGGGGACGCUCCCUACAGGGCCAGUUUGGACCUGGUGUUCUGGACCUGCCCUCAAUAUCCCAGCUUCCAGCCUUGGAGCAUUUGUAUGUGAUCUGCCUCCUCCUGCAGAUCGGAGCUUCCUGAGUUUUGGGCUUUGUCUCCCCAACUCCAGCUAAGGGUUUUCUGAGGGAAAAAGCUGCGUCUCUCCCAACAGACUGGGAGCCACUUGAGGGUGGUAAUUGACCCAGGCACUGGGAUAUUUGAGGUGCAAUUAAGGGAGAACUUC